GGCCUGACUUUGUACAACUACAACCGUCCUCAUAAAUUCAACGCAGACGGUGAAAGGGGGGGACCGUACCGGAGAUCAGAAAAGUAAGUCGCAGACCUCCGUCGUCAAACCACCGGAACCCACUAAUCAUCUCCGUAGCUUCUACCCGGUGCUGCCAGGUUCAAAUCAACUUGCAAAUUAGGCUUUUUUACCUGAAAAUCUGUGCAAUUGUAAGAAUUAGGGUUUUUGUUUGUACACAGAGAUGUCUAUGAACAACAAUACUCCCCAAAAGAAUUCACCUUUUGGGAACUCUAUGACUACAAACCCUAGUUCCCAUCUCCAGUCACAGUCACAGCCUCAACAACAAUCAGGGUCUCCCUUUGCUAGUCAGUUUCAGCUCUCUCAGUAUGCUGCAGCCCAUGCCCAUGCUCAGGCCAUAGCUCAAGCGCAGUCCAAAGCGCAGGCUCAAGCCAUGGCCCAGGCUCAGGCUAACCAUGCCCAGUUUCAGGCACAGUUGCAGGCUCAAGGAAUGUCGCUUAAUCAGUCACAUGGGCAUUUUUCUGGUAAUUCACCGUCUUUUCCUGGAUUGGCGAAUUCCGGGAUCAAACGGAUGCCUCAGAAGCCGGUUGGACGGCCGCCUGGGGUGUCAAAUGCUAAUACUAUUUCUCCCAUGAGGAUGAUGGAGCUUACGCCAGCUCAGCGGAAUAAGAAGAAACAGAAGCUUCCUGAGAAGCAGUUGCUCGAAAGGGUGGCUAAGAUUUUACCACAGUCUGCACUUUAUACAGAGCUUCUUGAGUUUGAGUCGCGUGUGGAUGCUGCGUUAGCGAGAAAGAAGAUAGACAUUCAAGAUGCGAUUAAAAACCCUCCUUGCAUCCAGAAAACGCUUAGAAUAUAUGUUUUCAACACUUUUGCAAACCAGACUCGUGUAAGCCCGAUGAAGCCCAACGACGAGCCCCCUACUUGGACGAUGAAAAUAAUAGGUAGAAUCUUGGAAGACGAUAUGCAUCCUGAUCAAGCUGCGACAUUGAGCACCAUGUACCCCAAGUUUUCAUCUUUUUUCAAGAGGGUGACUAUUUCGUUAGACCAGAGGUUAUAUCCGGAUAAUCAUAUGAUCGUGUGGGAUAGUGCGAGAUCUCCAACACCCCAGGAAGGCUUCGAGGUGAAACGAAAAGGGGAUAAAGAAUUCACCGCAAAUAUACGGUUGGAAAUGAAUUACAUGCCCGAGAAGUACAAGCUUUCGUUAGCUCUAAUGGAAGUUCUCGGAAUUGAGGUGGAUACUCGUGCCAGAAUUAUAGCUGCAAUUUGGCAUUACGUGAAAGCUAGAAAAUUGCAGAAUGCGGAUGACCCGUCAUAUUUUAACUGUGAUCCUGCUCUUCGGAAAGUAUUCGGUGAGGACAAGGUUAAAUUCGCGAUGGUCUCGCAGAAAAUCUCUCCUCAUUUGUCUGCACCACAGCCUAUCCAUUUGGAACAUAAGAUUAAACUUUCGGGAAAUAGUCCAGUUGGAAAUGCGUGUUAUGAUGUGUUGGUGGAUGUCCCGUUUCCAGUACAAAGGGAACUGAAUGCUUUACUAGCUGCUACUGAGAAAGCUAAAGAGAUUGAAGCUUGUGAUGAAGCGAUAUGUACUUCAAUUAGGAAGAUUAAUGAACAUCGUAAAAGGCGAGCUUUUUUCCUUGGGUUUAGUCAGUCACCUGUUGAGUUUAUCGAUGCUUUGAUUGAAUCGCAAGGAAGAGAUCUGAAGCUUGCAGCAGGGGAAGCAAGCCGUAACGCUGAAAAAGAAGCCCGUGCUGAGUUCUACAAUCAGCCAUGGGUUGAAGAUGCAGUUAUCCGUUACCUGAAUCGCAAGCCAGCUAAUACAGGCGUUCAUGGAAGUACAUAAAAGCUCGUGAAAUGAGAAGCGACUGAGAAGAACUGUGUUCAUUUAAGAUAUCGAAUUAAGAAGUACCGUAUGAGACUUUUAAUUUGAUGCUAAGAUAUUUAACAUCCAGGUUGUAUUUUGUAGUUUGUUGUUGAUCUUAUAAGGGAUUGGCAGAUACUCAUAAGUUGAGGCUAUUGUAUACUCUUAAGCACCUUUGUAACUUAAUAGCUACCUUGCCUUUUAUUUUUAUUUUGUCUGUAGAUUGAUGUCUUGCCAA